AUGGGGGAUUUUAAUGACAUCCGCAACUCAACUGAGAAGAUUGGUACUCAUCCGCAUCCUCAGUGGCUCAUCAGAGGAUUCAAUGAUGGCAUUGAAAGCAGCGGCCUUAGGGACUUUGAUUUUGACGGGUGCCAAUUUACAUGGGAGAAAUCUAGGGGCACUCCAAAUUGGAUCUGGGAAAAACUCGACAGAGUCUUAGUUAAUGAUGCGUGGGCGGAGAGGUUUGGGAACGCCACUGCAAGGUCUCUUACUGUUCCUACUAGCGAUCAUCUUCCUCUGUUUCUAAACACCAUACCUACUGUCCGCCAACAUAGAAGGAGAAAAUUCAAGUUCGAGAAUGCUUGGCUCAAGGAAAAUCAUUACAGGGAAAUUGUUUUAAAUUGCUAG